ACGGGUGUUGUUUGCGGGUGGUCACGUGACGACCGACGCGUGACGCAGCACAAACAUGCGCGCGCAUUGCAAGGCGGUAGUGAGUGAGGGUUUUACAUCGAUCAGGUCGCAGCUGGUGAUCAGCGAUCGGGAUCCCAUGGCGGGAAGGAGGAUCCGAGGGUUUUGUGCAGAGGAGAGAGGCGUUGCCUGGUAACAGACUCCGUGACCACGAGGACAACAGACCGUGCGCAUCUUCAUCAUCAUCAUCACCAUCAGCGGUUCAAACCUCUUUAUUAUUGUUGUAAUGUCAUGUGUGCCGACUACUAUCUUAGACGCCAUCUUGUCAGUCCCAGUUGAACGUGUCACGUGAUUGAUUGAGGCCGCUCGCGAGUCAAUGCCGUGCUCGUGCGCCGAGUGGAGGCGAUGGAUCCGCCCGCUGGUCCUGGUCCUGUACGCGGCCCUGCUGGCGGCCGUGGUGCCGCUGUGCGUGUGGGAGCUGCAGAAAGACAAGGUGGGGACUCACAGCAAAGCUUGGUUCAUCGCCGGCGUCUUCGUCUUCCUCACCAUCCCCGUCUCUCUGUGGGACAUCCUGCAGCACUUGGUGCACUACACCCAGCCCGAGCUGCAGAGGCCCAUCAUCAGGAUACUGUGGAUGGUGCCGAUAUACAGUCUGGACAGUUGGCUGGCUCUGAGGUAUCCCGGCCUGGCCAUCUACGUGGACACCUGCAGGGAAUGCUACGAGGCCUAUGUCAUAUACAACUUCCUGGUCUUCCUGCUCAACUUCCUUAGCAACCAGUACCCCAGCUUGGUGCUGAUGCUGGAGGUCCAGCAGCAGCAGCCCCACCUGCCGCCCCUCUGCUGCUGCCCGCCAUGGCUGAUGGGGGAAGUGCUGCUGUUCAGGUGCAAGCUGGGGGUCCUGCAGUACACCGUGGUCAGGCCCGUAACCACGGUGAUAGCACUGGUCUGUCAGCUGUGCGGCGUUUAUGACGAAGCUAACUUCAGUUUUCGCAACGCCUGGUCCUACCUGGUCAUCAUCAACAACAUGUCACAGCUGUUGGCCAUGUACUGCCUGGUGCUUCUCUACCGGGCGCUCAAAGACGAGCUGGCUCCCAUCAGGCCUGUGGGCAAGUUCCUGUGCGUCAAGCUGGUGGUGUUCGUCUCCUUCUGGCAGGCAAUGCUGAUUGCCUUGCUGGUGAAAGUGGGCGUCAUCUCGGAAAAACACACCUGGGACUGGGCCAGUGUGGAGGCGGUGGCCACGGGUUUACAGGACUUCAUCAUCUGCAUAGAAAUGUUCCUGGCAGCCAUUGCUCACCACUACACCUUCACCUAUAAGCCCUACGUGCAGGAGGCGGAGGAAGGAACGUGCUUCGACAGCUUUCUGGCCAUGUGGGACUUCUCGGACAUCAGAGCUGACGUCACGGAGCAGGUCCGGCAUGUUGGUCGCACCUUCCUGGGUCGUCCCAACAAGAUGUACUUCGGUGCAGUGGCCCGCCCUGAGCACAACGAGCACACUGGCCUCCUGACGGGCGGCUCCCAAGACCCUGUCGCCGUGGCAGCCGCGUCCAUGCCCUCCUCGCCGUCCUCUACUGGGCGUUACCAAGGCCUCGGACACACCCCCACUCCGCACUCCAUCUCGGCUCCGGCAGGAUUCACUUCAGCAUCUUGGGAGGACGACAGUGAAAAACUCUCCAUCGUAGGGUUGCGGGCAUGUCCUGCUGCACACAGGGGGCGGGGCCCUUUUUUGUGUACCGACUGUAAAUAUUAAUAACUCCACUCCUGAUAAAAAUCUUUCAAAGAAUUGCAAGAAUGCGCUUUUAGAGCUUCAAAAUGCAAAAAGAAAAACUGCCUUUUUAGGGCAAAAUUGGCAGAAAAAUGUGGAUUUGAUGUAAUUCUGUGUCAAUUAUUCACACUCUUAUGACCACCUGAUGGCAAAUCUAAAUCCAAUUGAGAACAUUUAGGUAUUAGCCUAACAUUGGGACGGCGUGGCUCGGAUGGUAGAGCGGCCGUGUCAGCAACUUGAGGGCUCCAGGUUCAAUUCCAUCUUCCGCCAUCCUAACCACGGCCAUUGUGCCUUGGCCAAGACACUUCACUUACCUUUCUCCCAGUGGCGCCUACACUGGUGUAUGAAUGUGCAGGACUCCCUGGGGAAAAAUUUAUUAUUUAUCUCAAUGGGACCUUUCCUGGGUAAAUAAAGGUUAAAAAAACAUUCUCAGUAGCCUCUUGGAAAUACCUCAGGCUAAACUUGUUAAGGUUUUGAUAAGCGAAUCAUCACUGACUGUUCUCUUAACACUUUUAUAAUUCUGUUGUGUAAACGUCUUCACUUUUUUAUGAGCUUCUGAUCAAUGAUUGACUAUUUCAAUUCAUCCUUUUGAAUUAUUUGCCUGCUCAACAUUUUGGUUCCCCCAUUUCUUCUUUUGGCAUUUUGAAGCUUUCUUGGAAUCUUUUUACGAUCCAACAGUGCAAAAUGCACAAUCUUGUUGUCAGGCUUGUCACUGACAAUGUGGUUAUGUUUUGUUUUUUUCUCUGUGUGUUUUAUUUCCUGUCAGCGCUCUUAUUUUUGUUCAGUUUCCUGCUUGUCUCCCC